AUGGCUUCCGACGGCCGCAAACUGCCGCCAUGGGCCCCCCCUCCGCCGGCGCUCCCCGACGCCCAGCUGCCCCGACUCAAAAUCUACAACAGCCUGACGAGGAGCAAGGUCGACUUUGUCCCAGUCGACACGACGGGCCAGACUGUGACGUGGUACUCGUGCGGCCCGACCGUCUACGAAGAUGCGCACUUGGGCCAUGCCAAAAACUACGUGUCGACCGACAUUCUCCGUCGCAUCAUGCAGGACUACUUUGGCUUCCGCGUCAAGUUCGUCAUGAACACGACCGACAUUGACGACAAGAUCAUUUUGAGGGGCCGCCAGCAGCAUCUGCUCGCCCGUUUCAAGCAGGAGCACACCACGGAAAAGGAUACCUUGGUGAGCGAUUCAGUGCUGACCGAAACGAGAGCCGCAUUGCAGCGCUACAUUGGCAAGAAUCUUGCGUCUCUGCCGCGGGACACGAGCCCCGAGACGUUUGUUGAUGCAGUGGACAAGGCCUACGGGAAUCAUGGAAGGUCCCCACAGGAGCAGGCAGUCCCCGUACCUGCGACCGUCGACGAACUUUUGCUGCGAGCACACAUUGCCACGGCUAGGGCGGCUGUUGAUGCACUCGUUCAGCCCAAGCACAAGCAGACGCCGUCCGAGUUCUACAGCAAGACAGACGACAUCCUACUUCCGUAUCUAGAUGCGUUGCAUGGCGCCUCGGUGGACUCGACCGACUAUCAAAUGUACCUUGCGCUCACACAGAAAUACGAGCGCCGCUUCUUCGAGGACAUGGAGGCGCUGAAUGUCCUCGCACCGGACACACUCACCCGUGUGACAGAGUAUGUCCCACACAUUGUGCGAUUCGUCGAGACGAUUGUGGCCAAUGGCUUUGGCUAUGCGACCACGGACGGUUCCGUCUACUUUGACAUCGAAGCGUUUGAAAAGGCAGGCCACACGUACGCACGGCUGCAACCAUGGAACAGAAACGAUCCCGCGCUCUUGGCGGACGGUGAAGGCUCGCUGUCCAAGGGAACGUCGUUGAAGCGAAGUGAAACCCAUUUUGCGUUGUGGAAAGCGAGCAAGCCAGGCGAGCCCGCAUGGCCGAGCCCUUGGGGUCUCGGACGCCCAGGGUGGCACAUUGAAUGCUCAGCCAUGGCGUCGGAUGCGAUUGGCAAAACGAUAGACAUUCACUCCGGAGGCAUGGACCUUCGCUUUCCCCAUCACGACAACGAGCUUGCUCAAUCUGAGGCGUACUGGUCGACACCAGGCUGCCAGGUACAGUGGACAAACUAUUUUGUUCACAUGGGCCAACUCAGAUUUAGAAUUCGAGGCUUGAAAAUGAGCAAGAGCCUCAAAAACUUCACGACCAUCCGCGGUGUUCUUGCCGAGAAAGACUGGACGUCACGCUCCCUCCGCAUCUGCUUCCUCUUGAUGCCCUGGCACGACGGCAUCGAGGUCACCGACGAUCUCAUGAAGGCCGUCGUCGGGUGGGAAGGCAAGCUGAACAACUUCUUUUUGAAAAGCUUGGACUUGUGGAAGCACGCCAGCAGCCCAACGACGGCAGCUACAGACGGGGACGGCACGGGCGCAGCAGACCAGCAGUUGCUUGGUGCCCUUGACAAGGCAAAAGCGGAUGUCCAUGCGGCGCUUUGCGAUUCCUUCAACACGCCGGCCGUUAUGCGCGUCCUCUCCGACAUUGUGACGGAGGCGAAUGCGGCGACGGACGCACUUUCGGACAAGACGGUCAUUGUUCUCGCCCGCUGGGUGACGCGCAUUGUCACCAUUUUUGGUCUGGAUCCAGAGGGCGAUCUCGGCAAUGUCGACCGCAUCGGGUGGUCCGGCCUCGACAUUCCUGCGCUGGCAAAGCCCUUUGUCUACCCGGCAUCGCAGUUGCGCGACAGCGUCCGGGCAUUGGCCGUGUCCCACACGGUAGACCAUGCCGCGAUUGUGGAGCUCGCCGACGGCAUUGCUGCCACAACGAAUGCGCAGACAGUAGCCGUGGCCGCGUCCGCGUCCGCCAAUCCAUACGACCAAGUCCUCCAGCAGUUCCGCACCGAUGUCAAGGCUCUUGCGGCCCAGCAAGCACCGGCAGCAGACCUUCUCGCCUUGUGCGACCAGCUUCGCGAUGUCCACCUCUGGAACCUCGGCAUCUACCUCGAGGACCGCAUCCACCCCCAGCCGGCAUUGGUUCGACCGCUCGAUACGCUUCUCAUGCAAGCGCGCGCCGAGCGCGAGUCGGCUGUCGCCGCAAAGGCCAAGGCCAGGUUGGAGAAAGACGCAAGAGAGGCGGAACGGGAAAAGGACCUUUGCGAGCGUGCCAAGGUCGACCCUCUGCAAAUGUUCAAGGACUCGAAUGAGUAUCUGGCAUGGGACGAGCGUGGCAUCCCCACCGUGGACGCGACAGGAAACGCCGUGUCCAAGAGCAAGCGCAAAAAACUGGUCAGAGAGUGGGAAAAGCAAAAGACGGUGCAUGAAGAAUGGCUGGCGACGCGAUAG